GGGUUUGCAAGUACACCGUAACUUCUCUUGUUCGCCAUCCUUCUUGCGAUAAGUGCUACACGCUGUGCAAAGUCUCUCCUGAAUCAUCAAACAUCAAAGGAUCGAUAGCAUUGCCUGUUGGAGGGGAAGACACUUGAUCUUCUACUAAGAUUUUUCUAAUAAAAAAACGAUCAAAUCCAACAACAUGUCCCGACGCAACUCAGAUAUUUCUGAACAUGCUCCUCUAAUCCGCGCCUCCUCUCAACCCAUUUCCAUAGCCUCUGGGCCCUCCUAUCAUCAUGUACCUCACCCUUCCUUUUCCCGGAAACUCGCAAAUAGCUACCGAAAGUCUCAAACCUCCGCAAAGAGCUUCCUAUCCUCUCGUGCUCAGCACUAUACGGUGCUCCUCCUAGUUGCAUGCGAUUUAAUUAGCAUUAUUUCGGAUAUAAUCAUUAAUCUCUAUCAAUGCGACAACGAUAAAGAAGGCAAGACGGAUCCAAUUUGGAACGAAGUGAGAGACGGGUUAGGAAUUGCUGGGUUGAUAUUCAGUUGCUUGUUCAUGGCGGAAUUGAUUGUUAGCGUUUGGGCUUUCGGUUUGAGCUAUUUCCGUAGCAAAUUUCACUGCUUCGAUGCCACUGUGAUUGUUGCCGGAUUCGUUGUUGAUGUGCUACUUCACGGUGUUCUCGAGGAAGUUGCCUCACUUGUGAUUAUCCUCCGUCUCUGGCGUUUCUUCAAAAUUAUCGAAGAAUUCAGCGUUGGCGCUGAGGAACAGAUGGACGUAUUGGAAGAACGAAUUGAACAGCUUGAAAUGGAGAAUAGAGAAUUGAAAAGACAGAUAAGAAAGAGAAAAGAUGGCGACGAGGACUUGGAGAAUGGAGAGGGUGGUUCAGAGUCGGAGAAUUAAAGGCCAUCUAAGUGAUAAAUCCAUUACGCGGUAGAGAUGGAGAUGGUUGCACUUAUUGAGGUGUGAGUAUAUACCCGAGCAGAGCAUUCUAUAGAUGGAGAAGAGACAACUCGUUUGCUAUAUAUCCAGGGUGAGAGCUCAGCUUCACUGCUGAUUCCAUAGUUGGCACCAAGGUAGAUAUCUUCCCGCAAAUCAAAGGUUGGCUCCAUCCGUACGUCCGAAGGAUGUUCUACUGCGAAGGCAGAUUCAUAGUGAUACGAUAUUGUGAUAUUGAAUCAGGCAUACAGAAAUAGAUGAGACUUGUACAGUUACAUUGAGUCUGAUUGAGUUGACAGAGAUUGCACCUGGGGGUGUACAUGUCCUGCCAUGAUAGUCUAGGCAUUACAACUUCAAAUUCGAGCGAUAUCUUCAGAUCA